AUGAACCGUGCCCCGUACUGGAUGCUGAUAAUCGUGCUGAUCGCACUCGCUGCCAGGCUCAGCGCCGCGGGCUGUGCCGGCGCCACACAGAAGCUGAGACUGCGUCUGCGCACCACCCCGAAUGAAGUGGCCGGCGAAGAGACCGGAGAACAGCAGCUGGAUCUGAGCCAGCUGAGCGAGUCACAGCUGCAGCAGCUCAUGCAGCAGCUCAACCUGGCCGAUGAGUACGAAGAGGAUCAUCGCGGCAGCAGCCGGCCCUGGAACAAGGUGCAGCGAAUCAUACGGCGCCAGCUAGUGCGCAUACCCAAGCGCUACCUGAAGAAGCUGCUCCGGCAGUUCGGAUUGGCGCGCGCCGGCAACUAUCGCAGCGGUUCGCUUCAGUGGGAGCCUGAAGUGGAGGCACAGCCUGAGCUCUAUUAUCUGAUACCGCUGGAAUAA